UACCAACCUUGUACCAACGCAUUCUUUGUCAUCUUCUGGGCCGUGAGUAGUAUGGCGCGGUUGAAUGUUCUUUCAAGUCCAGAAUUUUAGCCCAAGAAAUUGUGUUAAUUAAAAGAUAUUCGACGUUGUCAUCGGAUAUAUCUCUGAUCAGACAAGUAAAGCAAGUAAGUGUCCAUCCUCGUGCUUUGCCCGAAGUGUGAGAAAGCCGCCGAGCUCUUUCCUAUUGUUCAGCGCCCGGUGCCUAUUUACAAGACAUCAUGUGUGACGACUGGGAUGAUGGAAAUGCUCCAGCAAGUAAUACUGAAUGGCAAGAUUCUUUCCGUGGGAGAACAAGAGGAGGCCGUGGUGGUGCUAGGAGAAAUGAUGGUAAUCGCAAUGGUAACUGGCGAGACAGAAACAAUGAAAAUGACAGUCAACAAAGCCAAGGAUGGGGAGGACAGGGUAAUGGUUCAAGUGAAGCCACAACUAUGAAUGUGGACUCUCAAUACCUUGGACGUAUCAUAGGACGUGGCGGAUCAAAAAUAAAUGAGCUGCAAGACCAAUCUGGUGCUCGGAUCAAGGUAAAUCGUGAUGAAAGUACUGUUGUCAUUUCUGGAUCUCAAGAAGCUCAGGAGAAAGCCAAAGAGCUCAUAGAUGAAGUUAUCAAUUCAUCUGAUAACCGUAGAGGUGGUGGAAACAGUUCAUAUGGUGGGAAUAACUCAUAUGGGGGUAACAGCACACAUGGAAGAGACAAUUAUGGAGGAAGUAGUAAUUACGCUUCUGCUGACAUGUCAGAAAUAAAUGGGCUCUUAAGUCAGCCAGCUCCUAUGAUAGACUGGGACUCAAUCAACAAAGCACAUGAUGAGUACCAAACAAAACGCUUGGCAUCUCUUCCACCCAUGAUAAAAGAUUUUUAUCAAGAAGAUCCAGAAGUGGCUAAUAUGUCCAUUGAUGAGGUAGAAAUGUACAGAUUGGAGAGUAAUAAUAUUCAAGUGGGAUAUGUUUUCAAGGAUACAGGCAGAAAACCUAUUCCAAAUCCUGUCAAGACUUUUGAACAGGCAUUCCAUCCCUACCCAGAUAUUCUGACUGAAAUUUACAAGCAGGGAUUUUCUAAACCCUCUCCUAUUCAGUGCCAGGCAUGGCCUAUUCUUCUUAGUGGACAAGAUAUGAUAGGAAUAUCACAAACAGGUUCAGGAAAGACUUUGGCUUUCUUGCUGCCUGCCCUAAUCCAUAUCGAUAAUCAACCAAUUCCUCGAUCUCAACGUGGUGGAGCCAACUGUCUAGUACUGGCGCCCACCAGAGAAUUGGCUUUACAAAUUGAAAAAGAAGUCAGCAAAUAUAGUUACCGAGGAAUCAAAAGUGUAUGCGUUUAUGGUGGAGGAGACCGUCGCGCUCAAAUGAAUGUCUGCAAGAAAGGCGUUGAAAUUAUAAUUGCGACUCCUGGGAGAUUAAAUGACCUCUGUGCUGCUGAGGCGAUUGAUGUGUCAUCAGUCACCUACUUGGUACUGGAUGAAGCAGACAGAAUGCUUGAUAUGGGCUUUGAGCCUCAGAUAAGGAAAACUCUUCUUGAUGUACGCCCUGAUAGACAGACUAUAAUGACUAGUGCAACUUGGCCUGAAGGUGUCAGGAGGCUUGCACAGUCAUACAUGAAAGAUCCUGUACAGGUUUUCAUUGGCACCCUAGAUUUGGCUGCCUGCCACUCAGUUACUCAAGUGAUAGAAUUAGUUGCAGAGGAGGAGAAGCAGGAUAAGUUGAUUGACUUUCUUACAAGUAUGGGGGAAAAAGACAAGGCUAUUGUCUUUGUGGGAAGGAAGACUCGGGCAGAUGACAUUGCAUCUGAAAUGGCUUUGCAGAAUAUCUCAGUGCAAACCUUGCAUGGAGAUAGGGAACAGGCUGAUAGGGAACAGGCCUUAGCAGAUUUACAAAGUGGUGAAGUCAAUAUAUUAAUUGCUACUGAUGUUGCCUCAAGAGGCAUUGACAUCCAGGAUGUUACCCACAUUAUAAAUUAUGACUUUCCAAGGAACAUCGAAGAAUAUGUUCACAGAGUGGGGCGCACAGGUAGAGCUGGUAAGACUGGCACAGCUAUUUCAUAUUUCACUCGAGGCGACUGGGGUAGUGCCAAAGAAUUGAUUCCAAUUCUGGAAGAAGCUGCUCAGGAAGUGCCUGAAGGGCUUUUCGAAAUGGCUGAGAGGUUCGAAGCUAUGAAAGAACGUAGAGCAAGGGAAGGUGGAGACCGGAGAGGGGGUGGUGGACGCGGAGGUGGACGGGGGAGGAGAGAUGAUGGCGGUGGAUUUGGAGGUGGACGCGGAAGCGGAAGAAGAGAUGAUGGCGGUGGGUUCGGAGGUGGCGGAUAUGGCGGUGGCGGCAGGAAUAAAUGGUAGUUUUUCUCUGCACAUUCCGCCAUAAUAUUUUUAUUCCUCCAGAAUUUAUGGAAGUAUGGAUCUUGCCUUAUUUUACUAAGUUUGUAUUUGUAAAUUCAGCUGACGCAUGUAUUUCUUCUAUCCGUCCCUUUGUAAGACUUGUUACUAUAAAUCAGUAUUCUUUGAGAUAGACAAUCAAUUCAAUUUUUUAAAUAUUGUGACUUCAGGGUUUGCAUCAUUUCACUUCCUAUUGAGACCAAAGAUAGAGAACAUGUGAUAGUGUCCAAUCCCACAGGUUGAGAUUUAUCAAACAUCUCUUUGCUCUGUGGAGUAAAAUAUCUUUGAAUUGUUUAACAAAGUGUACAUGAAGACUGAGCAACAAGUUCAAAUUAUUUUACAUUGAUGGGAGGUAAUACUGCCACAUAGAAUUAUUAUUUUUUCUAUUAUUUUCAAAUAAUAAAAUACUGUCUUGUUUCA